AUUAUAUUUAUUUAAAAAUAUUGUAACUAAUAAAAUGAUUAAGAUUAUUUUCCUUUUAACAAUACUGGUACACUUAGAGUUAGCGAGAAGUGAGAUUAACAUUCAAAAAUACACGAAAGCCCACAGCUACCUGACGGUGAAGAAUCAAAAAACUUCAAUUUGCUUUGACGAUCAGAUGAAAGUUUUGAAGAAAUUGAGAGCUAAAACAGCAUUGGACUGUCUCAGCAAGUGCCUGUCAGCCACGAACAACAACUUGAGAGGCAUCAACUACGUGGCAUCUGUGGCAUCUUGCUCCUGUGUUCCAAAAGUAACUGACGUCUGGUACAACGUCACCAACAGUUCCAAUCUUCCAGGAUGUGUGUCCUUCUUCACACACGAAUGUCCCAGGAGUUUCGACUACGUGGUUGAGAACCACAAAUGUUUCAGUCUGCAGACGAGUCUGAACACGUGGCACAACUCGAGGACUCUCUGCAACAACCUCCUCUCGUCCCACCCUGUCAUCAUUGAAAGUUCCACCGAGAAUCGUGCCGUCCAGCUAUACGCCAUAGCAGUUAAGAAAGAUUCCGUACCAUGCCUUCUGCCAGGGUAUGCCGAUACAUUUUUCAUCUGGACUGCCUCCUAUAUAACCUACAACAACAGCGUUCGCACGCCCUUCCUCUGGUCCCCACAACCAGGUCAAUACAAGAGGAUGGUGUAUUACAGUUGGUUGAGUGGAGAGCCGAACACGCCAGCCGAUGGUCCUGAGUGCUGCGUUAGCUACAGUCUGGAUUUCUAUUUAUCGAACUCAUUUGCCAAGAGGUCCCAGCCUAACAUAUGCAAUGAAAUUGACGCCCUGUAUGUAUUUUUAGACGCGUCAACAAUAAACACGCAGAGUAUGUGA